AUGUCGUUUUCAAACGAUGCUACAAUCCAUAUACCUUUCUCUCGUGAUUUCAUCAGCGACAUAGAACUUUCGACAGCAAUUGAUGGUAUUGACUAUAGCGGUGGAGGAACAGCGACUGCUAUUGCUUUGAAAAAGGCUUACGAAGAAAUGUUCCAAGCGAAAAAUGGUGCAAGAAAAACAGGUGUGAGCAAGGUGUUAAUAAUUCUCACUGAUGGUCAGAGCAAUGGUGGAGUUGAGGGACCUGCCCUAAACUUGAAAAAUGCCGGAGUUAUCAUAUUCUCAGUUGGAAUUGGGCAGAACAUAAACAUGGACGAAUUGUAUUCCAUGGCAUCACAACCGAAAGAACAACGGGUGAUUUUGUUAGAAGAUUUCCAGGAAUUGUCGACACUGGCCGAGAAGAUGUCCUCCACUACAUGCAAUGAAAAUUUUGGCAAUCUAACAUUUCUAAUGAAAUUCUACAAAGAUUCAUCAUAUCAGCAAUCGUACAUUGAUGAUGACUAUCCGGUGUCCAAGAGCCUUUCGGAUCGUAUUCACGUUCAAUAUUCAGUUGACAGCAGUAGUAAAAGUGAUAUUGUUAUCCGAGCUAAAACCUGCCGAGCGACACCGACCAACAAACCUUACGAUCAACCUCAGCAUGUUUUUAUCGAUGAAGGAUGUGAUAAAGAUUCUACUAUCCAACACUAUACGUCGGGAUUGCAAAAGGUUCAUAGAUUUAGCAUCCAGGCCUUUGCCUUCGUCAUUAACCAUCGUUAUGUCUAUUUCCACUGUGACCUAGUCCUCUGCAACAGAAACACGGCCAAUAGUAUCUGUGCUCGGAGUACGUCAUGCCCCGGCCGAAAACGUCGUGGUGCUGAGACCGCCGACGAUGGAUCCAAGUUUUAUCAACUGUCGACAGGGCCUCUGAUAUACAGAAAAAAGAAGGAUGAAGCAAACUCUAAUGAGAAUUCCUCGUUAAAAGGUCAUGGAGUUGUGACCGGCUUGUUGUUUGCUGUUGCUGUUCUUGCGAUUGUCCUAAUCAGUAUCUUUGGCAUUUUGUUUUUGAGACGACGUCGUACAAAGUAUGAAACAUCAUCAAAUGUUCAGGUCCUUUCUAUGGAGAAUACAGCAGCAACCAAGGAAUAG